GGCGACGCGGACUGCCUUCAGAUCCCCAGUUAACUCCGAGUUAGACCAGCCGGCUAAGCAGCGUACUGUCUCACCGGACACAGUUUACCCCCGCAUCCUGCCCGGCCCGGGCUUGCCUGCGCCGGCAGAAGAAGGUCGCUUCCGCGCGGGAGGAACAACUUGCGCCGCUCUCCCGGUUCCGGGAUGUCCGCCCAUGGAGGCCCUUCGCCGCUCGGUCGCUACAUGAGCUGAGAUGGAGAAUGAUCCUUAACAUGAAUAUCGCACAAACCGAUGGAAGUUUAGGUGGCAACCAGACGGCUCUUAGCCCCUUCUGGGACGAUGACAACUUAACAGCCAACAUUUCCAACAGGACCUUCCAAGCCCGCAGCUCCCCGCACCUCAGUGUGACCAGGGGUGCGGUCCUGGGGUUAGUACUCGGGCUCUUCAUGUUGUUCGCCUUGGUCGGUAACAUUUUAGUCAUCCUCUCCGUGGCUUUCAAUCGGCACUUGCAAACAACCACAAACUACUUUAUCAUAAACCUGGCCAUUGCAGACUUGCUCUUAAGUACAACAGUGCUGCCCUUUUCCGUCACGUUGGAGAUCGUGGGGUACUGGGUUUUUGGGAGGAUUUUUUGCGAUAUUUGGGCGGCAGUCGAUGUGCUCUGUUGCACUGCGUCCAUUAUGAGUCUGUGUGCCAUCUCUAUUGACCGUUAUAUAGGUGUCCGCUACUCUCUGCGUUACCCUUUCAUUGUAACAGAGAAGAAGGCAUUGUUGGUUAUAGUAGGGGUAUGGGUUUUAUCCAUUGUUAUCUCCAUCGGCCCUCUCCUGGGAUGGAAACAGCCGGCUCCUCCCGAUGAGAAGGACUGUCAAAUCACACUGGAUCCCGGUUACGCUCUCUUCUCCUCUCUAGGGUCGUUUUACAUACCCUUAACCGUCAUCCUGGUGAUGUACGUUAGGGUCUAUAUCGUGGCCAAAAGAACUACCAGGAACCUGGAGGCUGGUGUGAUGAAGGAGACUUCGGACUCCAGAGAGCUGACCCUCCGCAUCCAUUGCAGGAACAUUCAAGACGAAGCUGUCGUGUCCAAGUCCAAAGGGCACCACCUGAGAAGUUCGCUGUCGGUGCGCCUUCUGAAGUUCUCCAGGGAAAAGAAGGCGGCAAAGACCCUUGGCAUUGUAAUGGGCAUGUUCAUCCUUUGCUGGUUGCCAUUCUUCAUAGCCCUUCCCCUGGGUUCAAUCUUUCCCUCUUUGAAACCAACGGAAACUGUCUUUAAAGUAGUAUUUUGGCUAGGGUACUCAAACAGUUGUGUAAACCCCAUAAUUUACUCUUGCUCCAGUAAAGAGUUCAAAAGAGCUUUUAUCCGAAUCCUGAAGUGUCAGUGCCACCGCAGAAAGCGACCAGUCUGGCGGGUUUGCAAUUACAACUGGAAGAUGAAUUCUCUCGACCAGCAGCGAAAAGACUCGAUAGAUGAUGGCUCUUUUAUUUUCAGUGUCAAUGACAGGAGGUCGUCGCUGUGCCAAGACCACUCUCACUAUGAGAAGAACAAGCAGCCGAGCUUGGAGAUGUGCAGCCUGCGAGGCUGGAGGCUGCUGCCGUCCCUUCGCCGCUCUUCCUUACAGUCCAAUGGACCAAAAGAAAACUACGAGUUUCCUGGAAAGACUGUCAACGGAGAAUAUGGAGUUUGUGCUAAUUCAGUCAUACCCACAAAGAGAACCACAACUCUUGGAUGUUUUACAACAAAUUCCGGGGAAUUUCAAAACAGCGUUCAUAUUAAAAAGGACUCAACAUGCCCCAGAAACAAAUAUUUGGACAAGAACCAAGACUUCCAUUGCAUUAACUUGUUGUGAAGUGCUAUUUUAUUGUAAUGCUGUAAUGUUUACAAAAAUAUAAAUGCACAUAAUAUUAUAAUUGCUAUUUUUCUACUCACUUCUGUAUGUGUGAUAACUUAUUGGUUCAGAUGUAUAUUAUGUUAUUAUGAAAACGUCAUAUCCUCAGGAAAAAGUCUGCUACCUAGAAUGCACAGUUCACUCUACACUAAAAAUGUUUUGUUUGCAUUUAUAGGAUCACUGAUUCGGGAACUGCUUAAGUCUAUGUUAGAUGAAAGAUUGUCUCACAUUAAAAUGUUUCCUUGAAAAUAAAAAAAAUAAGCCAAUUAGGAAUGGUUGCUGGGGUAGAAUGGGUGGAACAAAUGACUUUUGCAGAGAGGGUGACUAAAUAGUGUUCUAUAUAAAAUACGUCGGUGUUAUAGGAUUCUGCAGGCUCAUAAAGUUGUAAGGCCAGUUUCAUAGUAAGACACACAAAAUGCUGGAGGAACUCCAUAAGGUCAGUCAGCAUCUGUGGAAAGGAAUAGAGUUGAUGUUUCAGGCCGAGACCAUUCAUCAGGACUAGUUUAAAGUUCCGUUCACUCCUGCCAAGCUAGUUUAAGUUUCCCCAGAAGUAAUACAAGAGGUGGACAAGAGUAGCUAUGCCGGAAGAGAGGACAAGGCAUCGUCUCCCCUUGGGUUGGCUGCUGAUUGUUAAUAGUAGAAAGUGGACAGAGGGUCAGAUGAUGGAAUGGACAGUCAAAGAAGGGGAGGAUUCAUGAUAAAACUGUAACAAUAGGUUUUUCUUUUAUAACCAGUCAUUUUUACCUAAGAUUUCAUAAUAAUAAAGUCUGGUAAGCCCUAUUGCUAAUGCAAUGUGUUUACUCUUUAAAUAAAAACUUC